GGCCGCGGCGGGCGGGGGCGCCGUGUGAUGAGCAGCGAGCGGGGCCUAGCAGCCCAGCCAGCGUCCUUCUGGGGCCCGGGGAGCGGCCGCGCCCGGGUGACUGGCUGAGCGGGCGGCGCCCUGCGCCUGCGGGGCCGCGGCUCUGUCUACUGGGGGGACCCGGACCGGGCGGCGGCCGGAAAGUUUGUUUGUGCGCGGGGCGGCCCGGGCUGGGAUGCGGGGCCCGGCGCUCGCUUCUCCGCCGCUUGCCGCUACGCCGCCGGGGCUGUAGGCGAGGCUGGGCGGGCGCUAUCCCCCCCCUCCCCGGGUGCGCGGCCAUUGCAGCGCCGGCCGGCCGGCCGAGGAUGAUCACCAACACGCGGGGCUUCCUGUGGUCCGACCUGGAGACGCGGGCGCUGCUGGAGAUCUGGGGCGAGGCCGACGUGCAGUCGGCGCUGGACGGGAACUUUCGGAACAGCCAUGUGUACCGGGACGUGGCCUGCCGCCUGGCCGAGCUGGGCUUCGAGCGCACCCCGGAGCAGUGCCGCAUCCGCAUCAAGGGCCUCAAGCGCCAGUACUACCAGGCCCGGGACGGGCUGAAGAAGAACGGGCACGCCCGCAAGAUCUGCAAGUACUACGACGAGAUGGACCGGAUCCUCAGCUGCCGGGGCGGGCCGGACAGCGCGCCUGAGCCGCUGGCCCAGCCCGCCGACAGCGCCCAGCCCGCCGCCGGGCCGCCCACGCCGGGCACCCCCCACAACAGCCGCGAGCCCGACACCGAGCUCGACGAGGACGCCGAGCUCGAGUCCCCCCACGACCACUUCACCGAGGACUCGGGCGAGUGCUCGUCCUACGCCGAGCACCCCAUCAAGGUGGAGUGCCCCCCGUUCGCCAUCCCCGUGCCGCCCGCCGAGGGCUUUAAACAAAUCAAUGCUCAAACCAGUACACAACCACUCUCUCAACCCAAAAGAUCAAAAAAACGCCAUGCAAAUUUAACACUGGAUAAAAUGAUGGAAAAAUUCCUACAACAAAGUGUGGAUACAGAAGAGAAAUUUUACAAAUAUGAAGAGCAGCGGCUUAAAAUUGAGGACAAGCGCCGUGAAGCUGAGCAUGCUCGAGAACUCCAGAUGUUACAAAUGUUGGGACAGAUGUUGGCAGGAAUUUCUUCCACAGUAUCGCAAAGGUCACAGUCUAUACCAACUAGUCCACCUCAAAGAGCAAAUCACCGAUCAUAUGGUGAUAACUUUAAUUAUAAUGCUAUGACAGCAGCACUUUCUCCACCAAUAGUUAUCGAGAGAGCCUUUUCACUACACAAAACACAUUCUAUAAAGGAUAUGGAGAAUAUUUUUCAAUUGGUGCGCAAUGUUAUUCCUCCUCUAACAGCAAAGAAGCAUAAAGGUCAAGAUGGACGGGUAGGCAUCGUGGGAGGAUGUCAAGAGUACACUGGGGCACCAUAUUUUGCUGCAAUUUCAGCUCUAAAAGUGGGUGCAGACUUAUCCCAUGUAUUUUGUACCAAAGAUGCAGCAGCUGUAAUAAAAUCAUAUAGUCCAGAACUGAUUGUUCAUCCAGUGCUUGACAGUCCUAAUGCUGUUCAUGAAGUGGAAAAGUGGUUGCCGCGACUGCAUUCAGUUGUCAUAGGACCUGGUUUAGGUAGAGAUGACGUACUACUUGAGAAUGCUAAGGGUAUUAUAGAAAAAGCCAAGGUCAAAGGAAUUCCAAUUGUCAUUGAUGCUGAUGGAUUGUGGCUCAUUUCCCAACAGCCCUCUCUUAUUCAGGGUUACCAGCGAGCGAUUCUUACUCCAAACUAUAUGGAGUUUAGCAGACUUUAUGAAGCUAUGCUUAGAGAUCCUGUGGAUAGCAAUGAUCACCAUGGAUGUGUGUUACGGCUCAGUCAAGCCAUGGGGAAUUUGACAAUUGUUCAGAAAGGAGAAAGAGAUCUUAUUUCAGAUGGAGAAAAAGUACUUGUGUGCAGUCAUGAAGGAAGCAGCCGAAGAUGUGGUGGACAAGGGGACCUUCUUUCAGGUUCUCUUGGAGUCUUGGCACACUGGGCAUUUCUUGCUGGACCAGAAAAAACUAAUGGUCAAAAUCCUUUUCUAGUGGCUGCAUUUGGUGCUUGUUCUCUUACAAGGCAAUGUAACAACCAGGCCUUUCAAAAAUGUGGACGUUCAAUGACUACAUCUGAUAUGGUUUCAGAAGUUGGAACAGCUUUUAACAAACUUUUUGAAACCUGAAGCCAAAGCAGCAGAGUGGAAGGAAAGGAAGAACAAUGGCUACAACAGUAAUUACAUUUACAGUAGAAUAUACAUAAGUAAUACCCCCUUUCAAGUGCUGUAGCAGCAUUGGUAUGCUAGGUAGAUAUUUUUUUUUAAAUAGAAAAAAUGAUUAAUGUAGAUAAUUUUUUAAGAGUUUGGAAUACAAAAAAUGUUUUGGCUGAAAUAUGCUGUAGUUGCAGAUCUGUUAUAUAAUAUAAUAAAACUAAAGUGAAAGUA